AUGCAGUCACAGCUUUCUUCAAUUGGAUUGGCUUAUUUCCUAUUGGUAGCCAACUUUUACUACCAAUCAAAUGGUUUCAAUGAUCACUACACAUUCAGCUAUUCCUUUUGGAAAAUAACUCCAAUCAUUCUACUUGUUGCUUUUGCAUACUUAAAUGGAGGUGGACUAGGAAAAGAGCAACGCAAAACUGCUGCCGCUGGCUUGUUCUUCGGAGGAGUCGGUGAUUGGAUUAUUGGAAUGCGCCAUGAUGGAAUCAUUUUGGGAGCUGUCGCUUUUGGAAUUGGUCACCUCUUUUACUUGAGUCUCUACCGGCAACAUGCCACCAAAAUUCAUACAAAGUUCCUUCUUGGAAUGUUGGCAUGGGCUUUAGUCAUUGGACAACUUUGCUUCAUUCCGAUGCUUGCUGAUCAUAGAGGCCCAUUGACUGUCUUUGCCAGUUAUUCACUUCUUCUAUCAACGUGUACGUUGAUAGCUGUCUCACAGUAUCUCAAUGGAUCAAAGUCACAGAAUGAAGAGGGGCUCCUCUACCGUGCCAUUGGCUUCUUCCUCUUCUACAUCUCAGACUCGGUGCUCAUGCUCUCACACACUGGAUAUUGGAAGUUGGCUCCAUCAUUCUGUGUCCUCUCAACCUACUACUCUGCUCAAUAUUUCAUUCUUUUUGGAAAUACGAUGGCUGUGAACCCUGUGAAAAAAUCUGUAAAAAUCAACUGAUGAUCACUAACUUCUGAACCUGUACAUAUUCUAUUUACAGUGUAUUUCUCCCUUUUUCCUAUUUUUUGAAAAUAUUUCUUACAAUUAUGACUAGACUACCUAAUGUCAGAAGCUUUAAUAUGAAAUAUCUAAUAAAGUUCUUCAAA